AUGAAUCAAGAGGCAGACAGAAGCAAAAUGUUUCAAACACAAAGACUAAAGAAGACAAAAUUAAAUGAAGACAUUUUAAAACAAGCUGUAAUUAACACAGAAUGGCAACUUGAAGGAAUAUUAGAAGAAAAGACAAACACAUUAACCGAAACUUUAAUAGAACUUCAAAAAACAGCAACAACUCCAGCUGUUGGUGUUAGAAAAGAAUGGAUGUCUCCCCAAACACUUGAAAACAUUACAAAACGGCGAAAGAUGGAGCAUACCAAAAAUAAUCACUUGGAAUAUUUACUUCUCAGCAAACUUAUACGUCUGAAGGUUAUAGAAGAGUACAAUACAUACAAACUUAAAAAACUUCAAGAGAUUAUACAAAAAAGCAUCACAAGAAAAUUAGAUGAAGCACAACCCAGAAAACAGGCCGGGUUUAAAAGUGGCUACUCGACAAUAGACCAUACCCUCAACCAAACUCUGGAAAGAGCCGAAGAAUAUAAGCUCCCUCUUGUACUGACCUAUAUCGACUACAAAAAAGCAUUUGACAGCGUUGAAAUCAAUGCCGUUAUUAAUGCUAUCAGCAAGCAAGGAAUUCAAAAACAAUACGUCAAGCUUCUAAAAGACAUUAAUCGAGAAUGCAACACAACAAUUAAAAUAUUCCACAAAAAGCUACAAAUACCAGUAAAAAGAGGAGUCUGCCAAGGUGAUACUAUAUCACCUAAACUCUUUAUAGCAGUAAUAGAAGAAGUUUUCUCAAAAUUAGAUUGGACUAAAAAAAGAAUACUUAUAGAUGGAGAACAAUUAACUCAUCUACGAUUUGCUGACGAUAUCGUUCUAAUCACACAUACAAUGGAAGAAGCUGAACAAAACUUAAAUGAACUAAAUCGUUUAAGCGAAGAAAUUGGGCUUCGAAUAAACAGAAAGAAGACACAAGUUCUUAGAAACAAGACUAGUUUACAAAAAGAGUUUAAUAGCAUAGUGAAAUUAAGCGAAGAAAGUAUUGAAGAAGUAAAUAAUUACACAUACCUUGACCAACAAAUCAACAAUGACCACAACCAAGAUGAAGAAAUCAGCCGAAGAAGAAUAGCAGGAUGGCGAGCGUUCAGAAGAAUAUCCGAAGUCAUGAAAAAACUAAAAGACUACAAAGUCAGAACUCAACUCUUCAACAGUAUGGUUCUUCCAGCUAUGUUAUAUGGCUGCAAAACUUGGAAUCUGAGAAAGUCUGAUAGAGAAAAGUUAGAAGUAACACAACGUGCAAUGGAGAAAAGAAUUCUCGGAGGCACCAAAAGAGAUGAGAUCUACAAUGAAGACCUAAGGAAACAAACGAACUUCAACGACAUUGUACAGUCUGCCUUAACAAACAAACUAAGAUGGGCUGGUCAUAUAGCAAGAAGAAUGGAUAACAGAUGGACACAGAAAACGACUUUCUGGAGGCCAUAUGAUUUGACCAGACCACUUAAAUGA